AUACAUAUUAAUUGUUUGCAUUCUUAAAAAUCAUAAAUAAUUAUCAAACCAAUAAGUUUUUUGAAGUGAUAAGUUUUCUUUUUAGGAAAAAAUCUGGCUGAAAACAAUUUAUAACAAUGAAUGUAAUUAAUCGUUUACAAUUGUUUAAUUUCUCAAAAAUAAACAUAAGAAAAAUACAAUCAAAUGCAACACUUGUUGAUAAUUGUCAAAAUGUUCAUAAUCGAAAUCCUAGAAAUUUGGAAUAUUUACGGAUUGCACACCGACCACACGGUUAUCAUUUAGAAAGAAAGAUUCCAUCUUAUUGGCACAAGUUGACUCUUACACGUUCAAUAAAAUACGUAACUUUUGAGGUAGAGCAUUUUGAAAAUGGAGUUGUUUUGAGUGCAUCAACUAAAGAAUGGCCAAUAAAGAAACGAUUAUACAGGUGUCAAGAUAGCGCGGCUUAUAUAAACCUUGGCCGUGUAUUAGCCCAAAGAUGUUUGGAAAGUGGAAUAUUAUUCGUUCAUGCGGAUCCCGAUUUACCAGAUUGUGAAAAAACAAACUUAGCAUUGCAACAAUUAAUUAACGAGGGUAUUUCACUAUCUGAACCAUUACGCUAUAUUCAUCCUAAUCCUUGGGAUAUUAACAGACCCGAAAAACCAUGGGAAAUUCAUGAAAAUUAAUUUUAUUUUGUAAAUUACGAUUAUUAAUAAACACUAGUUAUUUUCUUUAUAA